AACACUAAAGAGAAUGUAGAUAAUAUAAAGAAAAUUCAUAAACCCCGCAGGGAUUAUUACUAAUUUAGUCUAAAGCAAGUUAAGGCAGUAGCAGAAGUCAGGGUCGUAGUUUGCAGUCAGUCUACGUGCAGUGUUCCAAUUUGUUGUUUUUUUGUUUGCAGUAACAAAUGCAUGUCGUACUCACGUGAGGGGAUGCGUCCUCUCAAGUUUUGCUUUCGUUGGCACAUAUAACUUUUCCUACCAAAAGCCAACCUCUUUCAUCUUUCCCUUGUCUCCCGCAUUUUCGUAAGUGAGCGACGCUGUUCAAGCUUAAAGAGAGAAGGGCAUCAUGGUAGACUCGCUGAAGAACAGCAUGGAAGAGAAUUUGAUUCCCAAGUUGGAGAACGAGGAGAAAAGUAAUCGGCGGCUAAGUUGGACUGCUUUCGUUGAAGAAAUAAAAAGGGUGGGUUACCUUGCAGGGCCUAUGGUAGCCGUGACUUUAUCACAGUACCUAUUGCAAGUUAUAUCAACGAUGAUGGUGGGUCAUCUGGGUGAGCUUGCUCUCUCUAGCUCUGCCAUUGCCAUAUCUCUCGCCGGAGUCACCGGUUUUAGUCUUCUUCUAGGAAUGGCAUGUGCAUUGGAAACGCUGUGUGGACAAGCUUAUGGAGCUGAACAAUACCAAAAACUGGGAAUCCAUACCUACACUGCUAUAUUUUGUUUGAUCUUAGUAUGCAUCCCUCUGUCGGUCCUAUGGUUAUAUAUGGGAAGGCUACUUGUAUUCGUUGGUCAAGAUCCCUUAAUUUCACAAGAAGCCGGUAAAUUCAUUCUGUGGCUUAUCCCAGCACUCUUUGCCUAUGCUACUUUUCAACCGCUUGUUCGCUACUUUCAAACGCAGAGUUUGAUAACUCCCAUGCUCAUAUGCUCUUGUGCUAGUCUUGUAGUACAUAUACCUCUAUGUUGGGCUUUGGUAUUCAAGUCUGGAUUAGAAAAUAUAGGAGGAGCAUUAGCAAUUAGUAUCUCAAAUUGGUUAAAUGCGAUUUUCCUUGCACUUUACAUGUGGUACUCUCCCACCUGUACAAAAACUCGUGCCCCCGUAACAAUGGAAUUAUUCCAAGGAAUUAGAGAGUUUUUCCGAUUUGCUAUCCCUUCAGCUGUUAUGAUCUGCCUUGAAUGGUGGUCAUUUGAGCUACUUAUCCUGCUAUCUGGGCUUUUACCAAAUCCAGAGCUGGAAACAUCCGUCUUGUCUGUGUGCAGUCUCAACACCAUUGCAACACUUUAUGCCAUACCAUAUGGACUUGGUGCUGCAGCAAGUACUAGAGUUUCUAAUGAACUAGGUGCAGGGAAACCCCAAGCAGCACGUGUAGCUGUGUAUGCUGCUCUAAUGAUUACAGUUUUCGAGACCCUUAUAGUUAGUGGAAGCCUAUUUGCAAGCCGACGUGUCUUUGGUUAUGUUUAUAGCAACGAGAAGGAAGUGGUGGAUUAUGUGACAACCAUGGCUCCCUUGGUUUGUGUGUCUGUUAUUCUUGACAGCUUGCAGGGGGUUCUUUCAGGUAUUGCAAGGGGAUGUGGAUGGCAGCAUGUAGGAGCUUAUGUCAACCUGGGAGCAUUUUAUCUUGUUGGAAUCCCAGUCGCUGCCAUCCUUGCCUUCUGGUUACAGUUGAAAGGGGUUGGCUUGUGGAUCGGUGUACAAUCUGGGGCUUUCACCCAAACAAUUCUGCUUGCCAUUGUUACAAGUUGCAUAAAUUGGGAAAAUCAAGCAAUUAAAGCAAGGGAAAGGCUAUUCCAAGGAAGCUCUUCAAUAGAGUACGGGACUAUGUAAGCAAGCAAGCAAAAUUAAUGAGAUUACUGCAGUAAUAGGGAAUGCUGAUUGAAUAAAAUUGGGUUUUGAUCCUACUCGUGCUCUCCUGAAAUGCUUUAAGGCAAACUGAACCAUGAUUCAUUUUAUUAUUAGUAAACUUUAAGUGAAUUGGGAUACCAGUUAUCUAACAAAUUUAAGUGAAAUAACUGUUUUUUUUUUUCAAAA